UUUGACUGUAAUUAUCUUACGUGUCACUCAAAGAGCCUGCAUGUGCUUAGAACCUCAAUACCAAAAGGUCUAAAACGCUAGAAUGAGUAGACGACGCGAAGAUUGUUUACAACGAAGAAAGAAAUGCUUUUGACAUUUUUGAUUUUAUGUUCAACAAGCCAUGGGAGAACAUCCCAAGCCAUCAUCGGAUAUUCCAAGGUUAUCCAUGCAAUUCAAAUCCAAAACCCCCUCUUUUUAACCGUCUCAAUCAGUCAAUGGUGAUUUGGUGACUGGCUAUUGCCAGUAGCGUCACGGAUAGUUUCACCUACCAUCACAUAUAAAGUGCCAGAAUCAUGUUCUUUUCAUUGCUUUAUGAUACUCAGGAAGGUUUUUGCAGAUCUCUUCGUGCAUUUCUCGGGGCUUCCCAGGUGGGUUUCCUUCCUUUUUGUAUGCUUCUGUAAUCUCUAAGUGCAAGUCUUUCUAAUCAAGAAUUUCAAGAAUGCCACCAAUUCCAGCCAUGGAUGUAACUCAAAAUGGAAAAAUUAAAAGCUUGGAGACAACAGCGUCUAUUUUUGAAAUUGAUGAUUCUGAGAAUUUAAAAAUAUUGGAGAGACCUAGACCUAUCGUUGUAGAAAGGAAUAGACCCUUUGAUGAAAGGUCAUUUAAUAGUGAAUUAUCUAUUACUUUAUCACCUCGCCUUAUUUAUAGAAACAAUCUUGAGAAUGGGUCUCCAGCAGGAAGAAGAUCUGGUUUUAAUACACCGCUGUCAGGCUGUCAUUUUGAGUCACAUCCCGUGGGGGCUGAAGCUUGGGAAUCAUUGAGGCGUUCCUUGGUUUACUAUCGGAGGCAACCUGUUGGAACUAUUGCUGCACUGGACCAUUCUGUGGAAGAACUCAACUAUGAUCAGGUCUUUGUUAGAGAUUUUGUCCCAAGUGCCUUAGCUUUUUUGAUGAAUGGGGAACAUGAGGUGGUCAAGAAUUUUAUCUUGAAAACUAUUCACCUACAGUCUUGGGAGAAAAUAAUAGACGAGUUCAAGCUAGGAGAAGGAGUCAUGCCAGCAAGUUUUAAAGUGCUUCAUAAACCUGAGAAGAACAUUGAAACUCUAAUUGCAGACUUCGGUGCGAGUGCAAUUGGAAGAGUUGCUCCUGUAGAUUCUGGAUUUUGGUGGAUUAUAUUGCUUCGUGCAUAUACAAAGUCUACAGGGGAUUUUUCCUUGGCUGAGAGGCCUGAUUGCCAAAGUGGUAUGCGCCUUAUCCUCACUUUGUGUCUAUCAGAAGGCUUUGACACAUUCCCAACCCUGCUUUGUGCUGAUGGAUGCUGUAUGAUCGACCGUAGAAUGGGUGUAUAUGGAUAUCCUAUUGAGAUACAAGCACUCUUCUUUAUGGCGUUAAGAUGUGCUUUGAUUUUACUUAAGCAUGAUGAUGAAGGAAAGGAAUUUAUUGAGAGGAUAGUUACGCGCCUCCAUGCUUUAAGCUAUCACAUGCGUAGUUAUUUUUGGCUGGACCUGAAGCAGCUGAAUGACAUAUAUAGAUAUAAAACAGAGGAGUACUCCCAUACUGCAGUGAACAAGUUCAAUGUAAUGCCUGACUCUCUUCCGGAUUGGGUGUUUGAUUUCAUGCCAACUCGUGGUGGCUACUUCAUUGGGAAUGUGAGUCCUGCAAGGAUGGACUUCCGUUGGUUUUGCUUGGGUAACUGUAUUGCUAUUUUGUCAUCCUUGGCAACUCCAGAGCAAGCUGCUGCAAUAAUGGAUCUUAUUGAAUCCCGUUGGGAGGAACUGGUUGGAGAAAUGCCAUUGAAGAUAUGUUAUCCAGCUAUAGAAAGUCACGAAUGGCGGAUUGUGACUGGCUGUGAUCCAAAAAAUACAAGAUGGAGUUACCACAAUGGGGGAUCUUGGCCAGUGCUUUUGUGGCUUCUGACAGCAGCCUGUAUUAGAACCGGCCGUCCACAAAUUGCAAGGCGUGCCAUUGAACUUGCUGAAACCAGAUUGUCAAAAGACCACUGGCCUGAAUAUUAUGAUGGAAAACUUGGUCGAUUUGUUGGAAAACAGGCACGCAAGUACCAGACAUGGUCAAUUGCUGGAUACUUGGUGGCUAAAAUGAUGCUAGAAGAUCCAUCUCAUCUGGGUAUGAUAUCACUCGAGGAAGAUAAACAAAUGAAACCAUUAGUAAAAAGAUCCAAUUCUUGGACUUGCUGACAUCAUCUAUACAUUGUUUUCUACAUGUAACCAUUGGUUAAACCGGAUACAUAGUCAAACAAAUGACUAUGGUAAUCUUUUCAAGCUAAAUAAUGUUAUAUCGCUUAUAAAUUUCUGAUA